AAGCAACGACGAUGCAAAGAUAUAGUGAAUGUAAGUUUUGCUGGUGUACACAUAAUUUAUGUAAUAAUGUAAAUAUUUUUGCCCUAGGGGACGAGACUAGUCAUAUUGAUUGCCACACUCUAUUCUUCUUAGUCAGCUGUAGCAGAUACUUCGUGAAAUAUUGGGGGUGGGGGACAUCAUCACAUGACCACCCUCUGUAGCUGGAAAUCUCAAUUAUGUAAUCUUCUUUGCCUUAAAUUUCACGCAAUAUAUAGCUUGAUUGAAAAAUUCGUGGUUAAAAAAUUAUUGUUACAGCUUGAUUACAGUUAUUGAGCUAUCAUUCGAAUGCUUUCAGAAAUUAUUGAGGGAGAGGGGGUGAGCCCCACUCCUCCCGGUCCGCCACUGUUACUCAGUUGUUCCUUUAUUUCUGUGUGAUAUGCUACACCCGGACUUUUAUGUACUUAAAACAUAGAAAUUUUAGCAUUCCUACCUUUAAAAGUAUAUUAAAUAAAUGUUUCCUAUAACAUGUGUAGUGAAAUAUUCAACCUAUUUUGUUACUGAUGGGAAAUAUCCUUUCAUUUCAGAUGAAGACCUACGACCAACAAAUCCUACAACAUCGCCAAGAUAAGAGUAUAACACAAGUAUUAUCAAGGUAAGAGAAAAUCAAAAUUAAUGCCAGAGGUUUUUAACCGUUUCUUAUUAAAACCCGAAAACCCCAAAAAUUUUGGAUAAAAUAACUGUUUCAAAUAAAUCGGUUUAUUUAUCCUUCAAGGAAAAGAAAUUUUACAUCAAGCCGCUUCCUACGAGCUUGUACGGAGAGAAGACAAAUGCGAAGUGAAGACAACUAG